UCGAGCCACACCGUGAGCGGAUUGUGCUUGCGACGGAAUUGUCUGCGUACGAGUUCGAGAGUUCGCGUGCCUCGAUCAAACACGAUCCGGGGGUUUUCGUGUUAGUUUUGGUGCCCUGCGUACGAAAAGUGAGCCCGUGGCAUCCAUCCCCAUCCGGUCCUUCAAUCAAACAACCUGACAUUCGCAGUCCGGAGUCCCCAAGGCAGCGCAACAUGAAGCAGUUUGGAGCGCUAUUUGGUGCGUUCAUCGCCCUGGCACUGAUCGCCAACGUGUCUGCAGCGGCAGCUCCCAGCUGCCCGGAACCGUACGGUGAGCAGGCGUACCUACACCCGGAUCACUGUGACCAGUUCUUCCUCUGCACCAAUGGUACUCUCACGCUCGAGACAUGUGAGAAUGGGCUGCUGUUCGAUGGUAAAGGCGCAGUACACAACCACUGCAACUACAACUGGGCGGUUGAGUGCGGCAACCGGAAGUUCGCCACCGAUCAGACGCCAUUAUCUACGCCCGGAUGCGAGUACCUGUUCGGUAUUUACCCGGACGCGGCUGAGUGCUCAACGAGCUACCAUAAAUGCGCCUUCGGUGAGGUUCACCAGGAGCUGUGCGAGCCGGGACUGGUGUAUGAUCAUCGCAUCCAUGGUUGCAACUGGCCGGAUCAGCUGCUCGAUUCCUGCAACCCGGAGGCCGUCGUUGGCUUCAAGUGUCCGCAGUCGGUGCCAUCCGGUACGGUUGCGGCUCGAUUCUGGCCGUAUCCUCGCUUCCCUGUGCCCGGAGACUGCCACCGACUGAUCACGUGCGUUGAUGGACACCCACGACUUAUCACGUGUGGCGAGGGUAAGGUGUUCAACGAGGAGUCGCUCACCUGCGAGAACCCGGAGGAUGUGCCGCAUGCCUGCCGUCGCUAAGGGUUUAAAACAAUACAC